UCCAUAUCUGUCUAUGCUUCGAGUAGUAUAAAUGGCGGGGCGUCGCGGCGUGCUUGUUGUUAGGCUGCUGAGUGCCGUCAAAAGGUAACUCGCUAUUAUCACCACUCCUAGCAGCCAAGCAUCUAGCGCAGGGCUCACGUCAACGACGCUACUGUGGAGCAGCGGGUACCUUUCCUUCGUAUAUGCAGAGCAUUGGGAGACGCGUAUAUAUAAAGCACCUGGGACCGUUCCGUGCAAUCACAGGCACAGCAUCUUCAUAUUUUCACACCAAUACUCAAGCACCGCACCAAAACCAAGAUAUCGAGCAAGAUGUUCAGCACCACCAAAUCCGUGUCGAUGGCGCUCCUCCUCGCAGCAGCGAGCCUCGUGCCAAGCAGUCUCGCAGCCAACGGCGUGUCCUGCCAAACGUCUCCCGGCAGCCCCGACACGGGGGCCGUGACGGGCGUGAUCAACGCGCUGUACGGGCGCGGCGGGGACUGCAAGCACGGCAACAUCAUCGGCAGCAAGUGCACGACGUUGGCGAAGCACGACGCGGCUGCCGUCGCGCUCUGUGGCAACUCGGUGUUCUUCCUUUCGUGUGCGGAUGUUGCGGCUGCGGCCAACGAUGUCCAGCAGGCUUGUUUGAACGACGGGAGGGCUGGCGGCACGUUUAGUGCCAGUAGUCCGACCCUUGGCGAUUAUAAGAUUGAGGUUAUUCAUUCGUGAGGGUGGGGUGGGGGGCUGGAUGGAUGAGGGAGUUGUUUGGUUGUUUGGUUGUUUGUUGGUGGGGUGGUGGAGCUGCACACUUAUGUAUAUAAGCAUUAAUGAUGCGCUUGGCUGCACCGUGUAUGUGCAGCUAUCUGCUUUUGUACACAUUCUGGGGAUCCGGCUGAUGGCGAGGAAGUAUACGUGGAUAGCUAAUUUGGAUUAUAGCUUGUACAUAAGUGGAGUUUAGCGAGG